AGCAAGCACCGGUGGGCGCAGCCGGGGCCCCGCGCUCUGAGCCAUGGGAGGCGCCCACUCUCAGAGCCCGAGGGGCCGGGAGCCGACCGCGGAGAGGUCCCCGAGACCCCGGGAGACCGCCUCGGAUUCUGAAGGUAAUUUUGAGACCCCUGAAACUGAAACGCCCAUCCGAUCCCCUCUCAAGGAAUCCUGUGAGUCGUACCUCGGACUGGCAGGCUCCGGGGCCAAGACCCAAGACUCACAAGAAGAGGACGAAGAGCUGGUGGCUGAAGUGGUUGGAAGCUGUUCAUCUGUGGCCGCUUCUCGACCCUCAGGGCAGGAGGCAGAGUCGCCCGCCGGCGGGCCUCGCCCAGUCAAGGAUUUCAGAGAAGAGCCUGAACAUGACGCGAGCAAGAUCUCCGUCGUGAGGCCGUUUUCCAUAGAAUCCAGGAACUGCGGGGACGUCCCCGGGGCGCCUGGCACAGCCUUGCUCCUCGGCCCAGCCGCGGGCGUGCAAGACAGCAAAGCCAUGACCGCCGGCGCCACCCUGGAAGCUGACCCCGGGGCGGGCAGUCCACGUCCAGAGCCCGGGGCUGGCCGGAGCCGCCUGCGGAAGCCGCGGCCCGUGCCCCUGCGGAAGAAGGCGCUGGGCGGCGAGCUCUCGGAAGCGGCCCCUGCCCUGGAGGGUGUGCGUCCCGACGGGGAGGAUGGGAAGGCCGGGAGCCAGAAAUGUGCCCCUGAGAUGAUGGAAACGCCAGGCGGAGAUGCCCACGACUCGGGGGCCGAGCGGCCGGAGGAUGCGAGGAGCCCCCUGCUGCAACGCGAGUUCGAUUUCGUCGAAGACGCGGAGACCGUGGAGUCCAGGAGAGCCCUCCCGAGGAAGCCCGGCCGGAAACCGGGCAGCAGAGUCAUGCCGCAGGUUCAUGGAGCCAAGGCGCCACCAGAGCCGGGCCCCGGGGCGAGCCCCACCCUGCGGCCCUGCGGCAGCCCCCUGGCGCGGCAGGACUCGCCCCCGCUCUCCGCCCAGGGCUCCUACUGCUUUGACCCGGACCACUUUGACGAGUCCGCAGAUCCCUUUAAACCCAGUAUGACUUUCACCAGCGGUGACUUUGGUUCUCCCGCCGGUAAUCAAGUUAAUGAAAUCUUAGAAUCACCCAAGAAGGCCAAGUCGCGUUUAAUAACGACUACUGAACAAGUGAAAUUUCUCUGUUUUCUGUUGAGUGGCUGUAAGGUGAAGAAAUAUGAAGCCCAGUCUCUUGCUUUGGAUGGGUGUUCUCAGGAUGAAGGAGCAGUGAUCUCCCAGAUCGCAGACAUUUCUAACAGGGACGGUCAUGCUACCGAUGAGGAGAAGCUGGCAUCCACGUCAUCGGGUCAGAAACCCACUGGGGCCGAGGGGAAAGGUGAGCCAGAGGACGACCUGGAGUACUUUGAAUGUUCCAAUGUUCCCGUGUCUGCCAUAAAUCAUGCGUUUUCAUCCUCUGAAGCAGGCACCGAGAAGGAACCGUGUCAGAAGAUGGAGAAGGAUGGAUCCACUGUGCCCGCACUGCUGGAAUCCCCGGUGGAGAAGACCCCCGUGUCCGUGGCCUGCGGGGUGGAGAGCCCCCUGGACGGCAUCUGCCUCAGCGAAUCAGAUAAGACCGCCGUGCUCACCCUGAUAAGGGAAGAGAUAAUCACUAAAGAGAUCGAAGCAAAUGAGUGGAAGAAGAAAUACGAAGAAACCCGACAAGAAGUCUUGGAGAUGAGGAAAAUUGUGGCUGAGUAUGAGAAGACCAUUGCCCAAAUGAUUGAAGAUGAACAGAGGACAAGCAUGAGCUCUCAGAAGAGCUUCCAGCAGCUGACCAUGGAGAAGGAGCAGGCCCUGGCUGACCUCAACUCGGUGGAAAGGUCCCUCUCCGACCUGUUCAGGAGAUACGAGAACCUGAAGGGCGUCCUGGAAGGGUUCAAGAAGAAUGAAGAAGCCUUGAAAAAAUGUGCUCAGGAUUACUUAGCCAGAGUUAAACAAGAAGAGCAAAGGUAUCAGGCCCUGAAGAUCCACGCCGAGGAAAAACUAGACAAAGCCAAUGAGGAGAUUGCUCAGGUUCGAACAAAAGCCAAGGCUGAGAGCGCGGCUCUCCAUGCGGGGCUCCGGAAGGAACAGAUGAAGGUGGAGUCCUUGGAGAGGGCCCUUCAGCAGAAGAACCAAGAAAUCGAAGAACUGACGAAAAUCUGCGACGAGCUGAUUGCCAAGCUGGGAAAGACGGACUGAGUUUCCCGUGUAAGCUCAGCAGAUCUGCGUUCGGCUGCUUCUCUCGUGACCACAAUUAUCUUGCCUUAUCCAAGAAUAAUUGCCCCUUUGCAGAGAAAAAAAAAAAACUUGAUGAAAGCACAUGCCUACUGCUGCCUGUCCCGCUUUGCUGCCAACACGCCCGCCCCGAGAAAACGCUGGAGGAUCCAUCACGCAGACAUGGAAAGAGUGGCCCGACCGUCCUGUCGAUGGGCUCUGGGCAGGAUUCUCUAUCUUUGGUUUGUUUUAAAGUCUUCUUUACUUUGCCCAGGUGCGUUCAGUUUAUGAUUUGAUGGCUAUUACUUGGGACCAUAUCCUGUCCACCUGAUUUUUUUAAGUUUAUUUAUUACAUCUUUUACAUUUAAUUUUUAAUAUUAGUGUUUUAUUUGAGGAGAUGAUUUGGCCUAUUGUUACUUCCAGUUGAGUACCUAUUUAUAGACACAUUCACUCUCUCACACACAUACAUGCAUAUUUAUACAUGAUGCUGGUUUGUUCCCCCCCACCCCCCAGAAGCAUAGUCAAAUAAAAACUUCUCUACAGAAAGGCAUAUUCCCAUAAACCAUAAAACCCUAUUUGAAAACAGAGUCCUAUUUGAAAACAGAGUCCUGGCUCAAAAUGCCGAUUGCAGAAUGUGAGGGGUUGAAGAGGUGAAGCCUGCAGACUCCGUGUGUGGCAUGGCUCCUAACCUCAGACUCAGGUGUCACGUGGGGGGCACUCUUGGCCACAGCGUCCUGUCCCCCCCAUUUCUGGAUGACCCUCAGCCUGGGUGCUGCCGCCCCUCUGGGGUUAGUUCUCAGACCCAGGGGAUCUACUUUGUUCCCUCACAACUGGGGUUCGGCAAGUCUGUCCUAGAGCCAUAUUGCUACAGAGUUGACAUUUGCUCUCUAUUGUCUUUCUGUUUGAAAUAUGCAAAGGAAAUCUGCUUAUAAAAGGUUUAGACAACCUUCUUUAAUGAACCCCAUUAGCAAUUGUAAGGUAAAGCAGCAGUUGGAUUUUUGCAAGUGUGAUGAAUUAUUCUUCAGAUUUUUUUCCCCAAAGGCUGCCCUCCCCAGCCCCCCGCAAAAAAAAUCCUUUCAAGCUGAAAGAUAGUAGAAUUUAGAAUUUUCAACCAAAUGGGCAGGAAAAUCACAUGAGCCACUCCCCAAAUUCAGUGCAUUUUGAGUAUUUUUAAACCACACUCCUUUGAAUACUGGUGGAGGGAGCAGACCCCUACUCACAAAACCAAAUUCCUCAAGCUGUUCCUGGGCUCCAUUCAGAGUGGCGGGGAACCUUACUCCCGAAUGGAUAUUUCCUGUGUGAACCCCCUCCCGUUCAAUAGGCAAACCCAAAUCCACGCAGGCAUCUUAAAGCGCUCUUUUGUCUUAAUCUGAACACCCGGAGCGUCUUCAUGGUGACGUGUGUGAUCUCCAGUGCACGUAAAUUGUGGUACUUUUCCUGUACAACUACUGCAUGGUCCAGCUUCAGCAGUGAAGUGUGCCUCGUGGAGACCCUCCCUCACUCUCUUAAGGUGACCUUUUCUUUAGCCAUGUACUGUUCACAUGGUGCAAUCUUUAGCCCCAGGGAGGUCAGUAAUGUCUUUUAAAGCCAGAAGUCCCGUUUUACUGAUAUGCAUUUCCCAUAAUUGGUGCUUAGGCUGUAUUUUAAAGCCUACUGUCUUAACAUUUUGUACAAAAAAAAAAAAAACAGCAACAACAAACCAGAAGAGCAGAAAUGACCUGUGCUUGGAGAAGUGAUAGGACAAUCAUUCAGGCCCUGGAAGCAGUCCCCGCGGUGUGAAGCGAGUGCCCUGCUGUAGCCUUUGCCUUGGAGGAGCAGGUGCCUCAGGUGUGACCUGCCCUCUUCCAACCCUUCACGACUAGAGAAACUCACUUCACAGUUUUGCCGAAAGAAAUGUUGCUAAACCUCUUUGCUGCUGUGUUUUGGUGACGUACCCGUGUUUACUUAUUUCAUAUUGCUCUGUUGGACACAUGAAAGGCUUAUUAUCAUAGUCUCCAUUAGAAUCCCACAGUCCUCUUUUUUCAGGCUUCUUGCUUACAUAGAAAGAGAAAAAAGUAGCUGUGUGUUGAAAUAGAGGUGAUGACAAUCCUUCCUGAGCACGCUGCUGGGAAGAGACCGCUGAGAAACUAGACCCUACCAAGUAAAGUCACUGCGCAAGGAAAGCGAAACAGCCCAUAUUAAGUAACAUUUGCCACUGGCCACUCUGCCGUGGCCAUUACAAGGAAAUCGUCUUCCCUCUGAUUUAGUGGAUGGACAGUCUCCUGCAGGAAGAAAAAUGUAGCGUGUACAACUGUCACAUCAAGAGAAUAUACUAAGCAGAAUGAAGUACGUUUAUUUAAAAAAAUACGGGAAAGAGACCUACUCUGGGGAAUAAAAAUAUAGCCUAGAGUUUUGCUUCAAAACACCCGUGGGCCAUAUUACUUGUGAAUUGGGCAGUAAUUCACCCCGUGACAAACAUGAGAGGGAAAUGAGAAAAAGCCGCAGGCCUGGACAGUGGUUUGGGAGCAUGAGUGGUCUGCUUGAGGCUCUUGAUCCAGAGACGUUUUUGUUUUUGUUUUUUAAUUUUUGAGUUUGCCAAAGUGUAGCUAGUCUUUACCUAAAAGUGUUUUAACUGGAGGAUCUAAUGUAACCAGACUCCUCAGUCUGUCACUUGGUUGGCUAAGUCAUUGACAGACCUCAUGACAUUUACUUUAUUUGGAGAUGCUCCUGAAAACAAUGAGAAGCCCACUUUGCUCAUGGCUUCUAGCGUCCUCGGACCCAGCCCUGAUUAGGAAGUGCUGAGGCGCCGAGGACCUGGUGGCCUUCCCAGGUGGCGUGGAGUCCAAGGAAAGGUUCACUCUCUGUUUUGGAGGAUGGCUCAAGUCAGAUCUGCUUACCAGCCAGUUACCCUUUCUUCCCAUCCCACCCUUUCUGCAAUUCUCACAGAAGUACCUAGACACUUUUUACCUGGGUCCCCGAUUCAUCCUGACUGGUUAUAAGCUGGGAGAUUGAACUGCCCCAGAUAUCCCUGGGCUGACUCAAUGCAGCCAGAGGGAAGCAGUCAUUGUACCGACAGGUAACACAGGACUUGAUGACUCUGAAGCUCAAAACCGAGUUGUGAGGGUCAGGAGUGUGGCAAGUCUGAGUGCACUAACUGGAGAUGAUCCAGCAUGUCCUUUUUUAGUGGAGUAGAAUCUGUAAAGCUCCCCCUUUUUUUUCCUCCCCUUUUUGGUCUUUUGCUGCAGUUCAUAGCUGUCUUGUGAAUCGUCCACGACUGGUGUUCUUUGUAGUUUUGUGGACCGUGCAAGUUUGCUCUCAGACUCGGGUGGUUUCUUAUUUUAUCCCCUUGUUGGGAGAGAGAAACUAGACGUUGGAAGGAUUCAGUGAUUCAGGCAAAGCAUUUUAAAGUAAAGAUGUAUAUAUUCUGAAGAACCGAAAAGAUGGCAGAUUAUUAUUUCCUUAUUAAAGAACAAAUAACAGUCUGGGAAUCCCAGAAUGUCAAGCCAAAGGUCUAUAGGGUCAUCUUCUUCAAAGCUUUCAUGAAGAAGUAUUUCAAGGAGACUUCUGUACAAAAAGGUUUGACUGGCCUCCAGUUCCCAGUGACUUAAAGAAAGCAGUCUGUCUCUCAAACCUUGAGUCUCCCAUGUAGAAAAAGCAAAGGAAUAGAUGUAAUAGAGUCCUCUCUCUAAGGAUCUCCUCUGGAAGGUCUAAGAAUGACACUUUCCGGGGAAGACUUCCUCCCUAGUGCCCAGAGCUAGCAUUCUGGAGACUAAAGAUUGCACUUUUCAUAGUUUUUUUCAUCCAAAUGCAAUCCCAUUUCUGUGCCUCUUUGCAUGCAGUUAGAUUUGGACUAACAAGAUUCCUAAGGAAUGACUUUAUUAACUAUAAUAUGGUUACAGCUACUAUAUAUAUACACACACACACACACAUCUGUACACACCCUCUGGUUAUAGUUGUCCCGUGGAGAUGGGGCGGGCAAUGCUGGCCAUGGCAGUCGUCCAUCCAGCACUCUGACUGAGGCGGCGAAGGCCAGGCACGGUGCUGAGGUGUGGCCUGAACCUUCCCACUACCCAUUCGUCACUUUAGAAUCGUAAAAAUGCCACUUUUCUCCCCUUCUGCCUUUUAGCAGCAUCUGAAACAUGCUCCACAAAGUAUCUCCCUGUCCGGCCAUUAAGUGAUGCUCUCUGGAUAAUUUGCAAGGGGACAUAUAAAAAUGAGAGCUCUGAAACCCUCCCCCACCUUCCCCCGCCCCCACCCCCGCCUUGCCCACCCCCUACCCCCCGCCAGUGCAGGGUGGUCUGCAGGUUUUGCACCCUCAGCCUCGCGCUCGGCCCUCCUGCCCAGUGAGUCAGGGUCCUGGCAUCUCUUUCUUCUCAGAGGUGGCAGACUUUUCAGUGUUGCUUGUAGCAAGUGUGUCUUUGCCAAUAGACACCCCUGUGUACUUCCUAAUGUGCCAACAAGUACAUGUUAAUUAAUUGCACAUCUGCUUCCACUGUGUCCCCAUGGGUGCCAUGAAGUGUGUGAGGAGCCUCGUCCGGAGGAAUCUAACGCUGCAUUGACUACUGCUGUCAGGAUCGUGUUGUGUGGAAUAAUCAUCAACAUAAAUUUUAUAUGCACAAGUGAUUUCCCUUUUAUAUGUCAGGUAAAUAUUUGUAAAAGUUAU